GCAUGCGAAGAAUCGAUACUGUAGACUAGCAAAUAAAUCUUUAGGAUAAUUUCAAAUCUAGGUUGAAACACAAGAAUAGCCCUAAUCUAAAUAAAUUCAGCCACGUGUCUAACUCGUCCAAUCUUUUUCUUCACUGGGAUCAAAUCUAUCUUUGACUUCGCAAUCCACAUUUCUACUCCCUAUUUUAUCGACUAGUUGAGCUAACCUGUUAUUCUAAUUAAAUUAAGAAUGAAAACCCGAUUCAAAACGCAUCUUUACACGUUGUAAUAAAGUUGAGAGGCCGAAAAGGACUUCUGUUUCUGAGAAGAUCAGAUGAGAUAGGGGGGUCCAAUGAAUUCUCGCUUCUUAGCGUGUAAAAUUCUGGAUUCAAACAAACUUUCCAAAUCUCAAUUUUAAUCCCGAGCUUCUGCUUUUCAAAAAUCAGAAGACACGCGCCAACAUACCACUCUCAUUCUUUAUCGACAACAUCUACAGCAAAAUGGAAGGAAAGAGCACAGAGAAAAAAUCUAAGGACAUAAAAGGUGCACGGAAAGAGAAAACUGACAAGAAAAAGGCAAAAAGACCGACUCAUUCCUCACCUCAAUCAUUACCACCACGAACAAUCUCUAAGCCUAAGCCUGACGAUGGAGAUGUCUACAAAAUAUGUGUAAUGUUCCUGCCACAGAUGCAGAGAAUUGUUGAGACUGGAAUGGUUCCUUGCGACGGAAUUAUUCAGCAAACACUGCGUGGGUUCUUGUGUGGACAUGGAAUAGUGCCUGUAAUUAGAGAAUUGGCUUCCAAAGACGAUUCUGAACCAGGUGAAAGAGCUCAUCCAAAGGGUACUGGAUCUUCGAAACUCACAAGCGCUCUUGUGAAGCUUUUUAAUGAGAACGCGCUUUUGGGAGAGGGAGUGGACUUCUGCCACAGUCUUCGAGAUCCAGAAAAGGAGAAGGCUAUGCGUAUCGAAUUUAUUCCAGGCGGUAGCGUUCCGGUUCAACUGCCGCUCAAGGAGAGAGAUGUCUUAUUUAUUGAAAGCCAUGAAACAGAUGAUCGGCCAUAUCUCAUACAGGAUAAUUUUCCAGACUACAUCAGAAUUUCUGAAGAUGUCUUACUUAAAGCUUGUCCUUUCAUACACUCGGCAUUCAGUGCGAAGGAUAUCGGGAAAUUUGCUGACCCUGACGAUACUUGCUUGUACGAUCCCGCAUAUACAUCGAACCGAAAGAGAUGUAUUCGUCAAGCAAAACUCGUAUAUAUAGCCGAUCUGAUUGCUUCAUCCUAUGGGCGCACUGCACAGGAUUAUCAUUCCUUGAGCGAUUCAAAAAAAAUUGAUAGCUGGCCAAAGGAGAAAUUGUGGAAGCACACCAAGUCUUGGGUCAUGUUUCUAAGAAAUAACGACUUCAGUGAGCGCAUAUCUUCCAACCAUGAGCUUGACGAGCUAUGCAUGCUUGCCGCCUUUUUCGGUGCUAAAAAUAAUGCAACCACCGCUUUAAGAAAUGUGUACCAGGCUCAGAAGGAAAGGUUGAUCAGAGAAAAGACACAUCCGAGACCUGUUUUGUUACCAAAAGAGGAACCCGAAAGAAAGAGAUUGUCUCCCGAGAGAGUAGCGAGACAGAGCGACUAUGCCCCAAGCGAGAUCUGUAACGAGAUGCUCGGUACUACUGGUUGGCGCAGUCGAGAUGACUGAAUUCCUGGUUCCUGGUGGGUUAGAUUAUUAAUGCAACUAUGUUGCCAUUAUGAUGUUAAGUUUGAGGCUUAAUUUCUCGGAUAUCUUGUAUGACAAGUCAGCGUUGAGCUGCUGGCGUUGACAGGUUCAUUGGGUCUAUAGUUUGGUCAAAAUACUUGGGGGCUCAAAGGCAAAUGCCACGUUUGGUUUGAUUUGGGGUAUGCGAAAGAUUAAAAACACAUAAGAGCAUUGAGGGGAGAAUAUUUCGUUUGGGUUUGGGGCGCAAAGAGAAUUAAUGAUACCAAAGAUUGCUUGAAGGAUUUAAUGUUGGCUCGGGCUUGAAAGAUGGACAAAGUAAAGGGUGUCAAAGAACGUAGAAAUGGUUUGGAACAGUCAAUUUCAUUUAAAGCAAUGAAAGGACCGGAAAGCCUAAUGUGUAUCCAGAUGUUUAGUUUCGAGGAGGCGGCAGCUUCAGGGGCUGCAUCAAUACCUCCUCGUUCACAGAUAUCAGAAUAGAAAGAGCCAAAGAUUAUGUUACCA